CGAGUGCAAGUGUGCAGUAGAAAACGCGACUCGAUAAAGUGAACGACGCCGGGAGUGUGAAAGCGAAGCCGCCACGGGUAGCUGGGAAAGGAAGAAGAAGCAGCAGCAGCAGCAGCGGUGGUUUCUGUUAGAGUGCUAGUGUGCGUGUAUGGUCUCGGUGCGUGCGUCUGUGAUUGCGCGUGUGUUAGUGAGUGUUGGUCGUAUUCGCGAGAAGAACUUUACCAACGGUGGAAAACGCAUUGAACGAAACAUCCAAGCAGCAGCAGCCCGGAAACAGAAAUGGAUCUUGGCGGUACGGCGAAGGCGGCGACGGUGGCCUCUCCGGAGUCCACGGUUGCUGUAGUUGAAAAAGCAUGCCCUGCUACGGAUGUGGCUGAAAAGCCCGCAGCAUCUGGCAAAAACGGUUCGGUACCAGACUCCAGUGCUGAUUCGACGAAGGAUUCCGCUUGUGUAGUGGCGGAUUCACCCGGGAAGCCUAAAGAAGUUUCCAAGGAGCCACUAUCAUCGCCCUCUCCCAUGAAAGCAUCCGAUGAUGUGGUGAGCGGAUCAAACAGCACAGCAGAAGUUGUAAAAAGUCCCUCAAAACAACCUGCCGUAACAACCAGCACAUCCAGCGAAAAGUCACAACCAGAAAGUGAGCCUGGCCGAACCGAUAAACCAGCCCCGCAGCACCAGGAUCAGAUCGACGAAGAUGAUGAGUUGUUGAAGCGGAUGGAAGCAAUAGAAAAGGGGGAGGAUUUGGACGCGAUUCCAGAAGAUGCAAAUCAUCAGAACGGUACGCUAGAGAAGACACCCGAGAAAAAGGAUUCCACCGCAAAGACAAUGGAUGUCGGUAGUGUAGGUGCUGAGAAAGCGAUGGCGUCGCCAUCGGUGGAUGCAUCAGUGGGAAAGCCAUCCGAAACGGAUGCGGUGGUAAAUCCGGCCUGUAAACGAAAACAUCCUAGCACCGUAGAGGAAGAAGUCGAACCACAGGUGAAAAAGGUGCACAUCGCUGACGUGACGGAUGGUCCCGCCGAGUCGAAAGCGACCGCCAGCUCGGAAAGACAACAUUCUCCCGCUAAACAACCGACAAGCGGCCAAGCAUCGGCGGAACCACCUGGGCCUUCCGAACCUGACGCACAGCUGAAGGAAGAGAAACCACCGUCCGUUGAAAAGAUGGAGGUUGACGGAUCGCCGGAACCGGAAGCUUCAUCACCGAAGGACGUGGAACUGCUGCCCGAUACGGAACCGGAUGCGAUGGAUGAGAAAUCGGAAGAAAUAAGCUCGUCGGUCGUUGAAGAACCGAUGCGUCAGGAUGGAGAAUCGGCCGAAAGCUCGAACAAAACCGACAACUCGAAUGUAUCGAGCUCGGACGACAAACGCGAGGGUACGUCGAGGACGACGAGCGAAAAUCCUAAACCUCCGGAUAGUGAAGUUUCCGCGUCAGUUCUUCCAACGCCCUCGGGAGACGAAGCUAUGGAUGUGGAUGAAGAUGAGAAUGAUGUAGCCGAAAGUAGCAGCAGUACCGUACCUACACCUGUCGCUUCGGUUCCUGUACCGGUAGUGGAACCUCCGUGUGUGAAAAAGGUUGCGUAUCUGUGCGGUGAAGAAGAUGUGAAAGAGGCAGACGAAAAAGAUGCCGUUGUGUCGACUGUUGCGAAGUCAACUGCGUCCUCUACCGCCUCAUCUUCAACGGCACCAGCAAAGGAGACUUCCGAGAGAAUGGAUGUGGACUCAGCGCUAAAAGCAUCGUCGAGCAGAAGUGUUGCGGUUGCUAAACCGGUUGCUGCCGAACCUGAGGAUGUGGUGGACAGUAGCAACAUUGUCACGACUGUCCCGAAAACUGCGGUAGAGUCGGUGGAGAAAUCUUUGGAAUCGGUCAAAGUCCCAGCGGAAGAGGACAGUAUCGUUGAAAGCUCGCAACCAUCAUCCAGCAGCGACACGAAGAAAAAACAAUUGACCGAACCACUUCGCGAAGCGGUGCACCGGAAUGCUCUGCUGGCAAAGGCAACCAGCACACCGAAUCAAACCACAGCCGAGUUAACGACACCGUCGUCCUCCAACCCUUCAACACCGAAAUCGCUUAAUAAUCCGGUAACGACAUCCGCCGUCAGCUCGUCCAACGUUUACAGUUCCACCCCGAUCCAUUCGAAUUUUGGAAAGGUGGUAAGCUCGGGAAAUGUGAGCAAAAUCACGAAUCCACCAUCAUCGAUAGAAAGUAGCAGAAUAGAGGCGGAUGAAACAACGACGGCACUGACCACCACCACCACUACUACGAGUUCGAUGAAUGUGACGGAUACGGAGGAAAAGAGUGCUGCAGGACACACGACAUCGCCGGCAACGAAAAGUUUGCCUUCGACUUCUGAUACGGCCUCCUCGCAAACGACGACAGCAUCGGCAGCAACAUCUGACUCGUCCGCCAAAAGCUCUGCUUCAACCAAGAAGGAGUUGCGGCACGAAGAUUCCAGCAGUUCAUCGAAGGGUAGCCUGAAGAUAUCGGGUGAUGUUUCCGAAGUAGAUUCAUGCACAGCUUCCGGAAUGAACACCGCGGAAGAGAUCAAUUUGUAUGUGAGCAACGCUCGAAAGCUAAACGGGAUUUCCUCCACCUCGGAUGGAUCUGAACUGGACGCUAAAGACGAUAUGACCAAAUCGCUCGUAUCCGUCAAGCGAGAGGAUGACGGCAAACCCAGCAUCAGCUCGAUAAAGCUAGAUCUUUCCCGUGCCAUAUCGCCUACGACCUCGGCCGAACAGCAGUACGAAGUGAGCGUAUGGUACGAAGGCAAAGAACUGCAAUUUAUGUCGGUGGAACGAAUUCACGGCGGCGGUGGUGUAAAAGCUACCGAUCCGUCUGCUACUACGGCCGCCGACACUGUCACACACGAUGCGUCCAACAUCGAUUCCUCCUCAAAGCAAUCAUCCACGGCCACGACGAACGGUAGUGUGAGUAGUAUAGGACCGUUCACACUUCCCGGAACGCAGGCAGCAGCGAACGCGACGCAAUCGUCCGACAGUAGCUCUUCGUCGUCGCCGUCGUCGGGCGUUACCGUAACUGGGGUAAAGUCGGCACAUUCCAUCACGGUGCCUCAAAUGAAGCAAACGGUACUGGGACCGAAAGCGCUGUGCGAUUUGGUAAUUGAAGAGUUUAAGAAGCUGAGACGAACCUUUGCCCCGGACGAUACCAUCGCGGCAGACGAUGAUGAUGGUAGCAGUGCGCAUUUGCUAAAGAGUCCCAAAACCCCAUACGGUGGGCGGGGGGUUCGCAAAGAAAGUGCGAAGAAAAGUGGUGGUCCGCGCGGUCAGAAGCGAUCGAAGGCGGCCGAUAGUGAGGAGGAGGAUGAUGAUGGAGGGAAUGAAGCACGCACACCUCGCUCCUCAGCAGGAUCCGCCUCGAAGCAAGUGACCAAACGCUCGAAAGUGGUUAAUAACGAGUCGCCGGUAGCCAGCUCGAGCUCAGCACCAAAAGCAAAAGCUGCUACGCAGGCAACCGAACCGAAGCAAUUUGAUAUUUGCUGUCUGGCUCGGUGGACCGAUCGCAAGUACUAUGCCGGACGGGUGACCAACUACCGGGAGGAUAAUAAGUACGUGGUGGUGUUUGAGGACGGUUGCUCGAAAACGCUGUCGCGUGACAUCAUCGUGUUCGGGGAGGAUGGCGUGCUGCCGAUCCAGCAUCACUCGAUUCACGCGCUCACCGGUGGCGACACGUACGAACCUGCCAUUGUGGAGGAGAUCAAGCGAAACGAGGCCAACGAGGUGGUGUACGGUGUCCGGACGGCAUCGAGCACGCUCGAGGUAACGGCCACCGAUAUCUAUCUCACCGACGAGCAGGCAAAGUGGAUCCACAAUGCGUGCAAGGACAAACCGGACCCGAUCCAAAAGUUGCUACAAUCGGGAUCGGGUGCUACGGGUGCUGCGGGAGGAGGUGUAGGAGAUGCGACUGGUGGUAAUGUGGGAAGCGGGCCGGAAGGAAAUCCAUCGCUGGUGGCAUCUGGCGAUACGGCCACAGAAGCCGGUGAGAAAGGCGCCCGUUCUACGCGCAGUAAACGUGGUGGUGCCGGAGCACACGACAAGUCGAUCGGAUCGACCACACCGGAAGCGGGUUAUUCUGGAGGAGUUGGUAAAAAAGGACGUCGUGGACGAAGAAAACAACUUCCACCGCCCGAACCAAACAUAUCGGAAUGUAGCGACGUGUCGGACACGUACGAAGAGGAAACACCUGCACCAACCAGCCCCGAAACGGGCCUUGAUGCGGUCGAUGGUGUACAGCCGGAAUUGCAGCGUAACGAGCAGGAAUCGGAGCUGACCAGAAUGAACAUUGUGUCCGAAUACUUUGGGAGCGGUGUGAACAAUUCACUCGACCAGCUGCUCGGACCGAUACCGGUGGAUGCGAAAACCCUCUUCCGGAAUAAACACUUUCUACUGUCCUGUACCGUCCCGUCGAAGGGUAUUGCGGCAACCGCAAAACAGUUCUCCAAUACACCCUUCAUAAAGCAGCACUUACGGCGCCAGAUUGAAGCUGGCGGUGGUAAGGUGUAUCAGUUCUUCGAGGAUGUUCCGAAGAACAAGUACAAACAGUGCAAGCUGAUCGCACCACGUCCUUCGACUACUGCAAUGUAUGUGCAGUGUUUGGCAAGCGACAUUGUGGCCGUUUCGCAUGAAUGGAUCAUACAAUGCUGUCAGGUGCUGAUGAUUGUCGAUUACAAACCGUACGUUCUGCCAGCCGGCUGGUCCUUCCUGGAGAACCGUUUCAUCGAAUGGAGCAGCGGCCGGGCAAAGGACAAAAGGACCUCGGUCACACCGUUCGCAUCGGUGUGCAUUAACGUAGCUAGCCUGUGUAAGGAUUUCAACGACUUUUGGAGCCGGGUCUGUAAGCUGGCCGGUGGUACAGUGCGCCUAAUCAAGACUGAGUCUGAUAUUACCGACAAUCUGACGGGAUAUCUUUUAACCGAUCAAGCAUUUCCCGAGGAAAUCAAAAUCAAAGCUGCCCGCACCGGGCUUCUCGUCGUGUCGACGGUUUGGGUGGUGCAGUGCUUAAUACUGGGCCGGGUUUGUCAUCCGAAAACGAACGAAAAGCUCACCCAAAUCUAUCAGGAAGAAGAUUAUUAGGUGUA